AUGAAGCUGGAAGUGAGCGACAGUCAUUCUAAUCACUCCGAUUUCUCCUGCGAUAGCCAGUCUUCGCAGGAUUCUUCCACAAAUGACUUCAUACCUUCAGUACCAACGUCGAGAUCCUUGCUCACAUUGGCUAACCUAGAGGGCCUCCAGUCGGGGGUCCCAACCCGCACCACGGCGACCAUAACCCCCACACAGUUGCGCAACUUCGAACAGACUUACAUCGAGUUGAGCAACUGCCGCAGCGAACAGGCGAACCACGCGGGCUUCGUACCGCCUUCCGUCACGCAGGCCAACAAUUACGGCAUCCUGAAUUCGGCGGCGUACUGUGACUCGGGCCCGACGACACUGCAUGUGUCGCCGGGCCCAUUAUCAGCGAGCGGCGACAGCAGCAGCAGUCCCGGUCUACCAGCUCCAAAGAGGAGGAACAUGGGCGGCAGAAGACCUACCAAAGCUCCCCAAGACAUCUCACCAGAAGAGGAGGAACGCAGGAAGAUACGCCGCGAGAGAAACAAAAUGGCAGCAGCGCGCUGUCGCAAACGAAGAUUGGACCACACAAACGAAUUGCAAGAGGAAACAGAUAAGCUGGAAGAAAAGAAGCAAGCGUUACAGGAAGAGAUCCGCAAGCUGAGCUCGGACAGGGAUUCGCUGCAGGCUCUACUACAGAAUCACAUGCACAGCGGGUGCAGACUGAACAAACGAUCUACCAGCCCGCCUGAUGUGAAGCCGUUCCAGGACUCGUACGACUACCAGGAGAUGACCGGCCAGGGGGUCAGGGUGAAGGAGGAAGUGAUGGACCCUUCAGUGGACCCCGUACUGGGGUUGGACAAUGAAAUAUUCACCUCGCCGACGCCGGACAAAAGGAUAAUGCUGUCGGCGGCCAAUCCAGCCGUGUUGACGGGCACCUCGCUGGACACACCCCCCGUCCGGCCCUCCAGACCCAGCUUCCUACAAGUACCCCACACACUCACACCCGCACAGAUCCACAACAACAAAUUGAGCAACAACAACAAAAUCCCCGGCAUCGAGAUCAGCACUCCAAGCAACGGUAUUCCAUUCAACUUCGACAGCCUGAUGGAAGGCGGGACGGGGCUGACACCCGUGCACCCUCACCCGUUCGCGCACCCUCACCCACACGCGCACCCUCACCCGUGCGGCCAGCAGCAGCGCGCCGCCCCCGACCUCGCCUCGCCAGACGCACAGAACAGCCUCGUCAGCCUCUGA